CUCUGCCGCCGCCGCCGCUUUGUAAGAGGCACAUUGGCAGGUAACGAGCGGCGGCGGCGGCGGCGGGCCCCGGGUCCAGCGAGAGCGGCAGCGAUUUUCUAUUUUGUACAUACGUUAUUUUGUAUAUGCUGUAUAUGAUGAGUUCAGUGAGCAGUGACCGUUGCCGAGGUGCUCGGGAAAAAACACAGAUUUCUGGAACACAAGCAAUACAACCACAGAAACCAGUGGUACAGGCAACAGCUGAACAGAUGCGUCUCGCUCAAGUGGUCUUUGAUAAGAAUGAUUCAGAUUUUGAAACUAAAGUUAAACAGCUUAUGGAAGUGACCGGGAAAAAUCAAGAUGAAUGCAUAGUGGCCCUACAUGACUGUAAUGGGGAUGUGAAUAAAGCUAUCAAUAUAUUGCUGGAAGGAAAUUCAGAUACAACUUCAUGGGAGACUGUAGGAGGAAAGAAGAGAAAUUUUGGAAAGGAGAACUCAGAAAACAAAGAGAAUAGAGAGAAGAGAAGUGAGAGAGAAGCAAGUCGUGCACGUGGAAACAACAACCGGAAAGGAAGAGGAGGUGGCAAUCGUGGCAGAGAAUUUAGAGGUGAAGAAAAUGGAAUUGAUAGCAAUCAAGGGGACAAACCUUCAGACCGUGGCAAGCGAGCCCGAGGUAGAGGAUUUGGACGUGGCAGAGGGAAAGGGGCAGGAAGGUUCUCAACCCAAGGCAUGGGUACAUUUAAUCCUGCGGACUAUUCAGAUUCUACAUCUACAAAUGGGUGUGGGACAACACUGGUAGUUUCAGAAGCUGCGCAGAAUGGUGCCGCUGAGGGAACUGCUGAACUGGCAUCAAAUGCUCACAGCAUAGCUCAGGAUUUGUCAAACAAAAGUUCUUAUGGAUUCAAAGGGGCCUGGAAGAAUUCUGUAGAAGAGUGGACAACAGAAGACUGGACUGAAGAUCUUUCUGAAACAAAGGUCUUCACUGCCUCGUCUGUUCCUGCAGAGAAUCACAUCACACCCGGGCAAAGCAUUGAUGUGGUAGCCUUGCUCCAGAAGCCUGUUCCUCCCAGUCAAGCCUCAGGCAUCAACUCCUUUGAAACCUCCCAACAGCAGGGCUUUGGCCAAGCCCUUGUCUUCACAAAUUCGCAACACAAUAAUCAGAUAGCACCAGGGACGGGAAGCUCCGCUGCUGUCAACUCCUAUACUCCUCAGAGCCUGUCAUCUGUACUUGGAUCAGGAUUCGGAGAGCUUACGCCAUCAAAAAUGGCGAACAUCACCAGUUCCCAGAUUUUGGACCAGUUGAAAGCCCCAAGUUUGAGCCAAUUUACUACUACCCCAAGUUCACAGCAGAAUAGUACGAGUCCCCCUAUAACUACUACUUCUUGGGACCUCAAGCCCUCAGCAUCCCAGUCCUCAGUGCUCAGUCAUUUUGACUUCAAAUCUCAGCCUGAGCCGUCUCCAGUUCUUAGCCAGUUGAGCCAGCGACAGCAGCAUCAGACCCGGGCAGUCACUGUACCUCCUCCUGGUUUGGAGUCCUUUCCUUCCCAGGCAAAACUCCGAGAAUCAGCGCCUGGAGACAGAACCUCCACUGUGAACAAACUUCUGCAGCUUCCCAGCAUGACCGUUGAAAAUAUCACUGUGUCUGCCCACCCACCACAGCCCAAGCACAUGAAACUUUCCAAGCGGCGGAUACCUCCAGCGUCUAAGAUCCCAGUUUCUGCAGUGGAAAUGCCUGGUUCAGCAGAUGUCACAGGAUUAAAUGUUCAGUUUGGAGCUCUGGAAUUUGGAUCAGAACCCUCUUUCUCUGAAUUUGGAUCCACUCCAACCAGUGAAAAUAGUAAUCAGAUUCCCAUCAGCUUGUAUUCUAAGGCUUUAAGUGAGGCUUUGAAUACCUCUUUACCAGUGACCAGUGCAGUACAGAACUCCACCUAUACAACUUCCGUCAUUACCUCCUCCAGUCUGACCAGCUCGUCCCUCAGCUCCACGAGUCCAGUAACAACGUCUUCCUCCUAUGACCAGAGUUCUGUGCACAACAGGAUCGCAUACCAAAGCCCUGUGAGUCCAUCGGAGGCAGCUCCAGGAACCACCAUGAAUGGACAUGGUGAUGGUCGAAGUCAUCAGACACUAGACACUACUUCAUCCGUUCCAGCUCCAAAGACAACAGACUCUCUCUCCACCCUCCCAUCUGCGGGCUCCCUGCCCAGCACCACCUCUUGCACUGCGCUUCUACCCUCUGCGUCCCAGCACACUGGGGCCCUGCCCAGCAGCCCCCUCUCCCAGCUUAGCAGUUCCCUCUCCAGUCAUCAGAGCAGCCUCUCCUCUGCGCAUGGAGCACUCUCCUCGAGCACUUCACACACACACGCCAGUGUGGAGAGCACCCCUUCCCUCCAGUCCUCAGCCAACUUCUCAACAGCAGCAACCUCCGCCUCGAGUUCCGUGUCCUCAGGUGCCAGCCUGCCCAGCAGCAUGAACACAGUGAACAGCCUUUGCCCGGGUGGGACCACUGCGAGUGCACCCAGUAGCAGUACCAGGGCUGCCCCCUUGGCGACUUCAGGCAAAGCACCCCCAAACUUGCCACAGGGUGUACCUCCCCUGCUGCACAACCAGUACCUCAUGGGCCCCGGAGGACUGCUUUCUGCCUACCCGAUCUAUGGCUAUGACGAGCUCCAGAUGCUGCAGUCACGGCUGCCAGUGGAUUAUUAUGGAAUUCCCUUCGCUGCACCAACAGCCCUUGCCACCCGAGACGGGAGCCUAGCUAAUAAUCCAUAUUCAGGCGAUGUUACAAAGUUUGGCCGUGGUGACUCUGCAUCCCCUGCACCCUCUACUACACUUGCUCAGCCACAGCAGAGCCAAUCCCAGACCCACCACACAGGCCAGCAGCCCUUUCUGAAUCCUGCACUGCCACCUGGCUACAGCUACGCUGGCCUUCCCUACUAUACAGGCAUGCCCAGUGGCUUCCAAUAUGGGCCUACCAUGUUUGUCUCUCCAGCCUCAGCUAAGCAGCAUGGUGUGAACCUCAGCACCCCGACCACCCCCUUCCAGCAGGCCGGUGGUUACGGCCAGCACAGCUACGGCACAGGUUAUGAUGACCUGACUCAGGGGACAGCAGCGGGAGACUACACCAAAGGUGGCUAUGGUGGAUCAUCACAGACACCAACCAAGUCUGCAGGUUCUGGGCCUGGCAAAGGAGCAUCAGUGUCUUCAAGCACCACUGGCCUACCUGAUAUGACUGGUUCUGUCUACAACAAAAAUCAGAGUUUUGACAAGCAGGGAUUUCAUGCAGGGACGCCUCCACCUUUCAGCCUGCCCUCAGCCUUGGGCUCUGCUGGGCCCCUGGCCCCUGGAGCGGCCCCUGGCUAUGCGCCCCCACCCUUCCUGCACAUCUUGCCAGCCCACCAGCAGCCCCACUCACAGCUGCUGCACCAUCACCUUCCGCAGGAUGCCCAGAGCGGCUCAGGUCCCCGAAGCCAGCCUAGCUCCCUGCAGCCCAAAUCUCAAGCUUCCAAACCUGCCUACGGCAACUCUCCAUACUGGACAAACUAAACCCCGAAGAGAGUGGGGCAGGGCUUACCCUUGGCAGGAAAGAACACCACGGAGCACAUUUCUGAGAGCCCAUUGCCCUGGAGACAUGUACCAUUCAUCAGCCAAGCCUUUGUGGGGAGCCUGCCUCCCAGAGUGGCUCUUGUAUGUAAUGUAUUUAUGUAUGUAUUUGUAAAUGUGACAAGCGCGGGGAGUUGGGGGUGCAGCUGCACACUAGGUCUGCUCUCCCCAUUCAAGCCCCUUUUCCUCUUUGUAGCAAAAUAAGCCCCCCACCCUGUUCUGCCUUCAGACCUUCUGCAUAGCCCCGUGCCUGCUCAGUGGGCUACUAGGGACAGUUUCUGGAAGGGCUGGUUCAAGGCAGUUUGGGUAUUGGGGUCAGGUACCAAUGAAGAAUCACGACUUAUCUCACUUCUCCUACUCCUUUGUAAACCAUUAUUAGAGUUUUCUGUCCUGUGUAAUUACUUUAUACCUCUGUUUUAAAGAAACUGGUCCUUUUGUCAUUAUUUUUCAUGGUCCUCUUUUGUCAAAUCUUGAUCUGGGAAUAGCAGAGAUAUCCCUCCACCCAGAAUAAAUCUGGGUACCUGUUUGUCUUCAUACAGAGCAGGGGCUUCUGCUUCUGGUAUUGUCCCAACAUUUGCCUUCCUCUCGCUGACCUUGAAAAAUUUGUCUGAACUGGGGCUCAGAGAUGUUCAACCAGUUAGCUCCCCCCCUUGAAAAAAAUCUCCAAGCAAAGGCUCCUCUAUUCCAGUUGUCCUGCAGCAGGUGGGCAACAGUUUCAGGGUUUCCUCUUGCCCAAACUCCACCUAAUAAAGUUGUGAGAGCAUGCA